AUGUUUUCAGAAGUAGAGCUUGCUCGGAACGUGGUUUUAUGUCCCAACCACUUUGAAUCAGGACAACCGCUGCACCAACUGAUUCUAGAAAAAGUACUCAGAGGACUGAUGGACGAGAGAUCAUGCGAGGAACACGGCUUCUUUCUCGGCAUCACCGCCGUGAAAAGCAUCGGUGAAGGCAAGAAGAGAUACUUCAAAAACGUCAACGAUGACAAUGAUCCAGGAAUAGUCGUGACAGUAUUCCUGGUCUCCUUCAUGUGCCGGACGUUCCUGCCUGUAAGAGGAGAAAUCAUGGAAGGGAUUGUAGACAAAGUGUUCGCGACCGGAGUUUUUAUCAGCAGUGGUCCACUCAGAUAUGCUUACCUCUCGGCUAUCAAAAUGCCGCGUUACCGUUAUGUCCCGGCGUCACAGACGGAGGAGGAGCCGUAUUUUCUGAGAGACGAUCUCUCCAGGAUUGCUGUUGGAGUUGUUGUGCGGUUUAAGGUGUUGGCGGUACGGUUCAAGCAGGGAGAAGAGAGGUGGCGAGAUAACGAAUUUUACGUUCUUGCGUAUUUGGAAGGCAAUGAUACCCUUGGACCCGUCUCUCUUGCAGGAUCAGAGGAUUCUUUGAUAUAA